AUUUUAAUGAAUCCUCCGUAGUUUAGCCCAACGAUCGAACUAAAAACCAUUCAUUUCCUUGUGUACGCCAAACCCACAAUAUCCGGUCGGUUUUGCAUAGUUUGUGAACUGUUACGUGCGACGGAACUUGCGGAAAACCACCACCCAAUCAAAAUGUUCGUGCAAUCGAAAAGCGGGUCGACAUUUUUCCUGCUAGGACUUUCGCUGGUGUACGCAUCCGGUACCCAGUUUAUUCCCCUAGAGCAGGCCAGACGACUGUCGUUGUUGUCAUCGUCGGCAUCGGAAACGCGUAUCGUUGGCGGAUCUGCGGCCGAUGCCAAUCAGUUUCCCUUCCAGGUAGCACUGCUGCGUUACGGAAUUUCAUUGAGCUGCGGCGGAUCGCUGAUUGCAAACCAAUGGGUCCUGACGGCAGCGCAUUGUGUGUAUAGCGGAAAUCAAGUUGCAUCUCCCUUCUCCAUCACUGUCCUCGCCGGUACCGUCAACCUGGGCCAGGGAGGAGUGCGUCGUCAGGUACAACGAAUCAUUCCCCAUGAAAACUAUGGCAACUUCCGCAACGACAUCGCGCUUCUCCGGCUUACACGACCGUAUCAGCUGGGCCGAGCCAUUCAGCCAAUUGCACUUGGGCGCUCUGAUGUGCCGACCGGUGGAACGGUUACCAUUUCCGGAUGGGGACGGCUUUACAGCAACGGGCCACUGCCUGCGUUGCUGCAGUAUAACCGCGUUGUCGCCAUGUCCGCCAGAGAAUGUGUGUCGCAGACCGGUAUCCGCUCGGGGCUAUUGUGUCUACGGUCACCGGCGAACAAUGGUGCUUGUAAUGGAGAUUCCGGCGGACCGGCAGUUUACAACGAUCAACUGGUUGGAGUGGCAAACUUCGUAAUCAAUUAUUGCGGUUCGUCUGCACCGGAUGGAUAUGCGAAAGUUUCCGAUUUCGUUCAGUGGAUACAGUCCAAAAUAAAUUAAUUCAGCUGGAAAUUGUUGUUGUGGGGAAAUAUUGCUAAUUUUGCCGGAAACAUAUUUGUUUCGAAUUCUAUAUUAUAGCAAGGAAUAGGAAUUAGAAAGGCACUUUCAAUGUAAAAUCGUAAUGUAAAAAAUCCAAAAUCGACAGAAGCUUUCAAUCGCUGUUGACAUUCUUAUAAUUUACUGCAGCGUCGAUAAAUUAUGAAAAUUAUUAGAGUUUAUACAAUUUUCAUAAGUUUCAAAAAUGUAGCCGAAUUUCCUUGCAAAUAAAUUUAUGGUAGAUGGCCCUUAGUUAAUCUCAGCCCUUCCAUUCAUUUUCUGAUUUUUAAACUUGAACAAAAAUUACAACUCGACUUGACAGAAUCAACCAUUUCAACAGCGAAAAAAAAUAUUUAGAGUUUAACUAAUAUAUUAGCCCCCCAGAAUACCAUCUCUCAAAAUAUUCUAUUCCCCAGAAAGUCAUUCCUCACAAUGCACCAUUCCCCAGAAGGUCAUUUCCUAGAAAAGUUUUACUUUUUUAUUGAUUUGAUCUUUUCAAACGUACUACUCGUUCCGACUUCCAUUGAACGAAAAUCUUCGCUUUCGAUUCGACCACUUCUGAAAUUGUGUUGAAACCGGAAGUUAGGAUGACAUCAUUUAUUCUGAAUUAAAAUAAAGAAUUCGCUAAUUCA